CUUUUUGAACUCUUUCACCAAAGGAUGCUUAUACUCCAUGGAACAAUUGAUUGAAAAAAGAACGCAUUACGAUGGUAUGACUGUACACGAAAUCAUUAUGUAUAAGAAACUAUUUAAACAACAACAACAACGUAACGCACAGCAACCCCAUCAAGGUGAUGAAGAAGAUGAUGACAAUAGUGAUGUUGACGGUGAUGACAAUAGUGAUAUUGACAGUGAAGAUCAUGAAGGUGAUGAUGGUGACCAUGAUGGCGAUAACUAUGCUGCUGCUUCUUCCUCUACUGCAACACGUUCAACAGUUUCAAAACAGUUAUCAGGGAACAAGCGUAAAAGACAACAAUCUCGGCAAGAAAAAUCAAAGAAAAAACAAGCGUCCAUUGUUCGGAAGCAAUCAUCAUCCAAGCACUCUCUGACACCCUGCCCGGUAUGCCUAGAAAAACGUCGAUUUGACACCGCCUACUCUCACUCAAGAUCUACAAGCAAAUUAUGCCCGUUCCGACAGCCAAGCAGAAAAGAACGACUACGGCAGCAAGUGGGACAAACAAUGACCGUAUGUAGAAAGAUUGGACUGAACUCACUAUUAUCUAUUGACAAUCCUGAUCACAAACAAUUACUCAUUGAUCGACUGAACGAUGUGGCUACAUAUGCUCGCGAUGUUAUUGUGAAAUUACACCUUUUUAUAACUUACUUUGUAUACCACAAGCUCAAUGAUGGAGAAAUCAUCAACAAACAAAUCUUCACCAAAAGCUUUUUUUAUUCGGUAUUUCAAAUCGUUACUGGCGGCACCAUCACCACGAACAACACCAUUGAUCAUCAUUUGGCAGAAGAAAUCCGACGACAAUACAAUAGCAUGAACCCCACUGAAGCGCAGGUGCAACGAUUCAAAGUCAAAAAGAUCCAUGGCGGCAAUGGAUAUUCCGAAGUCAUCUCAUCACUAUUGGACCAGUAUGUUUCGGCCUUUGUGAAUAGAAUCGAAAGUGACAUGACACAGUGGAUGGCGAAUCAAUAUUCCUUACAUGUUCGUCAUCAAUUACAACAACAUCAACGUCAGCCACCAUCUCAACCACCUCAACAUCAAGAGCAAGAAUCUCAAGAUCAAACUCUGAGCAAAGUGGAUGCAGACAAACUUGGGCUAUAUAUUCUUGAAACUGUCAUGCACAAUCCUGAUUUCCCGCCACGAUUACCAAAAAUACUUUCUGAUGGUGAAAACGAUGUCCUCAAAGAAUGCGUCGCUACAGUUUUGGAUGAAGCCCGUGUUGAUCUAUUAGUGAUAUAUAAUCUGGCCAACUUGGAAGCGCAUAUGGAUACAAGUCGCCGCCUGCUGGAACGCUGUUAUCGUAGUCUCCAAGAACGAAUUGUAAACCGCCAAAAUGGGAUGCGAAUUCUUAUGCAAAAUGGGCUAGAUCAGUUACAAGAAUUACAGGAAACCUUAGACACCUCAAACAAUUUACAACUUCUACCUGGAAUCAUACGUCUUUCAGAGGUUUUACUAGAAAAUCUCAUUGGUCAUCAACGUUCUGUGCGUCUUAUAAUGCAAGUGGCAACAAAUCUAGGAUUACAGGAACUUGUCUCUGGUGAUAUCAAUCAAUCUUUUGGUGAUCAUGUUAUACGGCGUUUACAGGACUCUCUUCCUGUGCAACAACAGGCAGUCAAUGAUAAUGAUUUAGUUGGAAACAAUGAUUUGGACGCUUUGAAUAUUGUAGGAAGCCUGGAAGCCAUGGCAUUGCAAAUACAAGGGUUCAAUGACCGGUUGAUGGAACAGCAACGUAUGUACGAUAUGAUUGAUCGCCAAUAUACAGCCGCUAUGGGAAGAUAUUACGCCAACAACGAUCUGGGAAAUAGACAAGUGCUUCAUGACAUUCAUCACUAUUGCGAACAGAGCAACACAGUCAUUAUUCAAGAAAAUGAUCUACCAUCGUUGACACCAGCAUACAUUGCAGGCCAUUGUCACUUAUUUAGCAAGUACGGAUUCAACAUUGCAAAGUAUAUGAAUUCAUUCAACGAGGAUCAAAUACGCGUUGCCGGUCUGGUAAUGCAAAGUGCUCCACGGUCAUGGUGUUACAGCGUCAUUCGGGAAUUAGAAGAAUUCAAGCACAUGGGACGACGGCGACGGUCAUCUUUGGCGCGAUUUUUAGAUAAAGCUAUCAAUAACGACGAACGAUUGGAUAACUCUAGACUCAAUUAUCUGUCUCAAGAAUCAUUGGAAAACCUGGAAACGAUCAUCACGGAUACUAAACAUCAAAUCAACAAUUCCAAAAUUUACUUGAAUGACCCUGAUAACAACGAUCAACUUUUUGACGAUUGUUUCAAACCUGAGCUACACCAUGUCGUAAAACAGCAACGGUUAUUUAAUCUUGUGCCAAAACCUUCAGUCAUGAAAAAAUAUAUCAAGAUCUCCAACCAGGUUAGGCUGUCGCUUUUACGUACCCCAGGUCUAGAUGUGUACAGAAAUGGCGAACAAACUCUUUCUGGUGUUUUGAAUCUUUCGAAAAUAAAGAAACAUAAUGAUAUGGUCUUCGCAGGAUUUAUUUGGACGGAUGGGUUUGCGGUCUCAAUUCCAUAUGACAGACCAAUGUCUUUGCAACAAUUGCCUCGAUUGGUACCAGCUGAUUUUGAAGAAUGGGAAUUGAAGUACUUUACGAUAUGGGGUGCCGAUCCUGGAGUUACAAGCAUCUACGUUGCUAGUGAUGGUAGUAGUGAUGCAGUUUAUAAUCAAGCAAUGAACAAUGAGGGUGCCCAUGAUGCUUUUCCUACCACGACCACCGAUCAGCAUGACUCUACUGAUGUUAGUCACGCCAUCACGGAUAUCGAUACUUCUACCACCACCAUCCAUCAACAUGACUGUACCGAUGCUUCUCACAUUACCGCCACUUCCCGACAUGGCCCUACUGAUACUUCCACUAACGCCGCCGCCGUCCAUCGACAUGACUCUACUGGUGCUCCUCAUGCUACCACGGAUACUGCUGCUUCAUUGUCAAAAAUAGUUACCGAUUUGUCAAGCCUAGCUUCGAAUGUUUCCAUACUGGCAAGAAACUCGUGUUCUAGUGGCACUAAUUCUCAUAUUUCUGAACGUAUAUCAUCACUUGCGACAAAUGUCUCGUCUCUGGCUUCGGAUGCGUCUAAUUUAGCAAAGAAGGAAGGUGUAGUCUGUACAGGCAAUAUAGAUCAUCAAGGCGAUUUGAUUGAACCUGGGAAUAUUGUGAUUGUUGGCAGUCUAGCGACAUCUGGUAGCAUUGAAACGAACGAAUCAUUGACUGUGAAGGAUGCUCUCACUACUGGGGGUAAUAUCAAGGUUGGAAAGAACAUGGUUACUGGCAGUUUAAUGGCUUGUGGUACUGUUGAAACGAACGAAUCAUUGACUGUGAAGGAUGCUCUCACUACUGGGGGUAAUAUCAAGGUUGGAAAGAACAUGGUUACUGGCAGUUUAAUGGCUUGUGGUACUGUUGAAACGAAUGAAUCAUUGACUGUGAAAGGUGAUGUUACGACGAUGGAAGACGUCAAGGUGGGAAGAAAUAUGAUCAUCGGUGGUAAUUUAUCCUCAAGUGGCAAUAUUACUGUUGGACAAAAUCUACUGCUUCGCGGCUCUGUAUUUGCUGCUGGAAACAUUGUUGCUGGGGGCGCCGUCAAUACCAAUAAUUCAGCUGAAGUCACUGUAAUUGGCUCAAUUCAAGAUCACCAGGUAUCCGCUACUGAUGUCAGUCAUACUGUUCCUUUUGACACACCUACUGCUGUCAGCCACACUGAUUCCUCUGCUAUUGUUAAUCCUACUCUCUCCACUGUGCCUGUCGGUAAGUGAAUCUCAUCAAGUACGGCAAUUUAGCUUGGCUCAAUAUUAUACUGAUGCAGGUUACAAGAAAUCCACAGCGAGAAUCAAUUUAACUAAACCUUCCUCACUACAAGUACUAGAGUCAACCAUAUCAACGCACCAUACUGUAACCAUGCA